AUGAUAUCUAACUUAAUUUGGCCACAGGAGGCCAUCUCGCCUUUUACUAUGAUACUCGUGAAAUGGUGUCUGCUUUUGCAGGCAGUUGCAUUUUCGCCGACAUAUGCGCACCUGAGAAUGGCGUCUCCCGAGCCCUACGGAUCUAGUAGGAAGACACUUGACAACUCGCCACUUGCAGCAGAUGGUAGUGACUUUCCUUGCAAGAUAUCCCCAGGUGACUUUAUUGUUCCGACUGAAGAGGCGACUUAUCGGACUGGGAGCAACAAUAUCAUUAAGCUUCUGGGCAGCGCCACCCAUGGCGGUGGGUCCUGCCAGGUGAGCCUCACCAGUGAUCGCGAGCCGACAAAGAAUUCGGAAUGGAAAGUCAUCAAGUCCUACGAAGGGGGAUGCCCUGCAAAAGGCCCAGGAAAUCUUGAUGGGAGUGCCGAGUCGGACCAUUCUCUCCAACUCCACUUCGCGAUCCCUGACGGUAUUGCACCCGGGAAAUACACCUUGGCCUGGACAUGGUUUAAUCGUAUCGGCAAUCGAGAGAUGUACAUGAACUGCGCACCCAUCACUGUGGCUAAGGAGUCGCCGUCAAAUUCGUCGGACAACGCACCCAAACAAUCGCUGGCUUUUCCUCCUAUGUUCAUCGCCAACGUGAAUGGCUGCAUUACCAGAGAAAAUGUAGACAUUCACUUCCCUUGGCCUGGAAGUAUUGUUGAAUAUAAUGGCGACAGCAAAUAUCGACCGCAAGAAGGCGAACCGGUAUGCACCGGAAAUCCUACAUUCGGCCCAAUUCCCAUCACCGAUACAUCCAACACCGGCGAGGCUAAUUCCACCACUGAAAAUGCCAAUUCGAUGCCUUGUUCGUGUGGCUGCCAGGGUAGCUAA